UGCCGCCACCGGCUCGCGGGUGCAGCGCGAUGCCCCGGAGCUCGGCCCCGGCCCCGGCCCCCGACCCGCCGCGGGAGUAGCCCUCGCGCGAGCGCGCAGCCGCCGACCUCGCCCCGGAGCCGCGAUGGGCAACACGGUGCACAGGACCUUGCCAGACCCCAGCCCUCCGGCGCGCAUGCUGGCCACCCGGCCGUGCUGUGGCCCCGGCCCCGAGCGGCGCGCGGUCCUGGGCGAGGCGCCGCGCUUCCACGCGCAGGCCAAGGGCAAGAACGUGCGGCUGGACGGUCACUCGCGACGGGCUACGCGGCGCAACAGCUUCUGCAACGGCGUCACCUUCACGCAGCGGCCCAUCCGGCUGUACGAGCAGGUGCGGCUGCGCCUGGUGGCCGUGCGCCCAGGCUGGAGCGGUGCGCUGCGCUUCGGCUUCACGGCGCACGACCCGUCGCUCAUGAGCGUGCAGGACAUCCCCAAGUACGCCUGCCCCGACCUGGUCACGCGGCCCGGCUACUGGGCCAAGGCGCUGCCCGAGAACCUGGCGCUGCGCGACACCGUGCUGGCCUACUGGGCCGACCGCCACGGCCGCGUCUUCUACAGCGUCAACGACGGCGAGCCCGUGCUGUUCCACUGCGGCGUGGCAGUGGGAGGCCCGCUCUGGGCGCUCAUCGACGUCUACGGCAUCACCGACGAGGUGCAGCUGCUCGAGAGCGCCUUCGCGGACACGCUGACUCCGGCGCGCCUGGGCCAGGCCCGCUUCAGCGCCUGCCUGCCGCCCAGCAGCCACGACGCGGCCAACUUCGACAACAACGAGCUGGAGAACAGCCAGGUGGUGGCCAAGCUGGGCCACCUGGCGCUGGGCCGCGCCCCGGGCCCGCCCGCUGACGCCGUGGCCGCCAUCCCCUGCGGGCCCCGCGACCGCCCGCGGCCCUCGUCGUCGCCGGCGCUGCUGGAGGCGGACCUGCGCUUCCACGCGACGCGCGGGCCCGACGUGAGCCUCUCGGCCGACCGCAAGGUGGCCUGCGCGCCACGGCCCGACGGCGGCCGCACGCUGGUCUUCUCGGAGCGCCCGCUGCGGCCGGGCGAGAGCCUGCUGGUGGAGGUGGGCCGGCCAGGGCUGGCGGCACCCGGCGCGCUGGCCUUCGGCAUCACCUCGUGCGACCCGAGCGCGCUGCGGCCCGCCGAGCUGCCCGCCGACCCCGACGCGCUGCUGGACCGCAAGGAGUACUGGGUGGUGGCGCGCGCCGGGCCCGUGCCCAGCGGCGGCGACGUGCUCAGCUUCACGCUGCGGCCCGGCGGCGACGUGCUGCUGGGCAUCAACGGGCGCCCGCGCGGCCGCCUGCUGUGCGUGGACACUACGCAGCCGCUCUGGGCCUUCUUCGCCGUGCGUGGAGGCGCUGCCGGCCAGCUGCGCCUGCUCGGUACCCUGCAGUCCAGCCCUGCCACCACGACGCCCUCAGGGUCCUUCAGCGGCUCCCAGGAUGACAGCGAUUCAGACGUGACCUUCAGUGUCAACCAGUCAUCCUCAUCAGAGUCCUCCCUGGUGACCGCCCCCAGCUCCCCACUGAGUCCCCCGGUGUCCCCAGGGCUCUCCCCGCCCGAGCUGGCAGGCAGCAGGAACGGCGAGUGCACCGUGUGCUUCGAUGGCGAGGUGGACACAGUCAUCUACACGUGCGGACACAUGUGCCUGUGCCAUGGCUGUGGCCUGCGGCUCAAGAGGCAGCCCCGGGCCUGCUGCCCCAUCUGCCGGAGGCCCAUCAAAGACGUCAUCAAGAUCUACAGGCCGUAG